AUGACUAUUGGCAAGCGCUCUGACGACGCACCAUUCCCUUCGUCGUCACCACAAACAAUCACCGCAAACAUGCCUGGCUCCAAUGCUUGGACCUUUGAUGAGUCCACGCGCAACAGGCUCUUGAAGAAAUACAAGACCCAGGUUUCUUCGGCGGCCUCAACCAUCUGCGCCACCAUAUCACUGAUUCCCCUUGAAAAUAUCAAGACCCGAAUGCAAACUCAUGACUUUAAGAACGUUUUCCAAUGUGCUCGCUACCUCUGGCGCAAUGAGGGAUAUCGCGGCUAUGUCGCUGGCGCUCUUCCUCCAUUGGCAAGUGUCACGGCAGUGCGCGUCGUCAAUUUCACCGUGUACCAUUCAUUCACGGGCAGGAUCUCCGACCUAGUUGAGAACAUAACUGGCUUCAAUCCUGUUGAGGACUAUAAGCGGCCUGGAAGUACCCCAAACAUGCUUGGAGUGAUGACUUUUGCCACUGCAGGCAUGUUCUCGGGGUUAUUCGCUUCUCCUCUUGCCUGCCCCUUUGAACUAGCAAAGAAUGUCGUCCAAACCUCCGUUUUGGUGUCCAACCGCGCAAUGGCGGCUCCAGAUGCCGCUCGAGACCAUACGCUGCGUCACAAGCCUCGCCUGGGUACUAUAGCAGCAAUUCAGCAGAUCGUUAAGCGCCAUGGAGUUCGAGGACUGUAUACCGGAUUCCGUCUGCAUGCGAUGCGUGACACCAUUGGCACCGGAAUGUACUUCGCUAUUUACGACACCGUGAAGCAAACUGCAGAAAGACAGCUGGGUUGGAACAAGAACGACCUGGGGUCAACAAUGCUUGCCGGCGUGAUUUGCAGCACUGUCCCCUGGGUUUGUACAUAUCCUUUUGACACGCGCAAGACCCGCGCUCAAAGUGUCCUCCUCGGCAAGAGCCAGGAGAUUGGCGAGGCUUCAAAAGCCAUUGCCAAAUCGAGUACCUACAAGGGAAUCUCAAUCAUCAUGCUCCGGACUGGGCUAAAUAACAUGAUCCUGCUCAGUCUGAUGGAGUAUUUUAAGCGCCGCAUCGACGAGCUGCCAAACUGA